AGGCGCCGGGCGCCGAGCGGCGCGGGGACGGAGCUGCCCAUGCGCUGGCUGCAGACAAUAGCGGGGCAGGGGCUCUGCUCAGUGCGCAGGCGCCGCGGGGAGGUAAACACGGCUUCCCGCGCCUCCGCCAUGCGCUAUGCCUGGCCGCUGCGGAGCCGGGGACGUAGGCGGAAGGCGCGUGCUUGUGCGCAGGCGCGAGCGCGGCCGCAAGCCCCAACAAAGGGGAGCCCAUCCUCCUCCCGGGUACUACACCUCCCAGCAGCCCCUGCGCGGCGCGCUGCAUGCUGGGACUUGUAGUCCCUUCCCCUUGAAAGCCGCAGGGGAGUUCGCUGCGAGCGUGGCCCCGGGAGCCGGCGGCGUCGUGAUGCGGGCGCCCGGCGGGGAGCCCGGCCUGGAGCCCGGCCUGGCGGCGGCUCUGGAGCGCUACCAGCGGCGCCUCCGAGAGCGUGCUAAUGAAAGUAUCCAUCAACUGAAAUAUGCCUUGGAGGAAAGACAGUUUGCGGAGGGUAAGGAGGAAGUUGGAUUUGAUGAGUCCUCUGUGGACAAGGGCAAUGAUGAUGUGGACCGUGGCAACGAUGACGGUGAGAAUUCAGCCUGGCAGGAUCUACAGCACAGUCAUGCAGCUAAUCAACUUAAAAUUUUGUUGCAACAUCAAGAAAGAAUGGAAAGUGAAGUCUCUCCAUCACGGAGGAAGAUGCUGUUCUGUAACCCCCCAGAAGCUGCAGCUGAAGAUUUACCAGACCUUUCUGAUCUUGUUCCUAUAAUUAACGAUCAGUCUCAGUACAUUAACCAUUUAGAAGCGGAAGUGAAGUUUUGCAAGGAGGAAUUGUCUGGGAUGAGAGAUCAAGUUCGAGUAGUUGUGCUUGAAAAUGAGGACCUCCAUCAGAAACUGAAAUUUCUGGCUGCAGAACAUACUUUGAGAGAACAAACUCUUCUAGAUGCCUCAGCAAAUACUCAGAACUCCUGGCCUGUAGGUGGUAAUGACUAUACUCUGCAUCAGUCAGUCACCUCAUCAGCAGCAGAUAAUAAAAAUCCAGCUUUGGUUACAGCAUCUGUUGGAGAAAUAGAAAAAUGGCAUAUAGAACUGGAGAAACUGAAACUUCUUUAUCAAGAAAAAGUCAAUAUCCUUGAUGCUCAAGUGAAGUCUCUAAGAAAAGACCUUUCAGAAUCUCAGAAGACAUGCGAAGAUUUGGAAGGAAGGCUAAAACACCAGAAGUCCCUUGUUUCAGCCACACAUUCUAGUCGGGUUGGUGGUCUGUGUUUGAAGUGUGCACAGCAUGAGGCAGUUCUUGCACAGACUCAUUCUAAUGUUCAUGUGCAGAUCAUCGAGAGGGUAACAAAAGAAAGAGAUGACUUGAUGGAUGCACUUGUUUCAGUGAGACGAAACAUGAAAGAGAUGCAGCAAAGAGAAUCCAAUGCUUAUGAGCAAGUUAAACAAGCUGUGCAAAUGGCAGAAGAAGCCAAUCUAGAAAAAACAAAGGCUCUAGUCCAAUGUGAGCAACUGAAAAGUGAGAUGGAACGCCAGAAGAAUCGUCUUGAAAAGGAGUUAGCAGCCCAGCUAAAUAAGAGGACUGAUGAAAAAGAAGCACUGCGGGAAGAAAUGAAGAAAGAAAGGGAGGACUUGGCAGCAAUGGUGACAGCAAUGUCUGAGAAUGUCGCCAUGUUAGAGGCUCAGGUAGAGAGAAUUACAAGGGAAAAGAACUCUCUGGCUAACCAGUUAGAAGAAUCACAACAUCAACUUGCAUCUCAUGAAACGGAGAUGAAUAAGGUGUGUGGAGAAAUGCGCUAUCAGUUGAAUCAAACCAAAAUGAAGAAGGAUGAGGCAGAAAAGGAGCUCAGAGAGUACAGAACAAAAACUAUAAGGGAGCUUGAAAUUAAGGACCAGAAAAUAGAAAAACUGGGAUUAGAGCUGAAUGGAAACAAACAGCGUUUGGAACAAGCCCAGCAGGAUGUGACAGAAGCCAGAGAGGAGUGCCUAAAACUGACAGAACUGCUGAGUAAAUCUGAACACCAACUGCACCUCACCAGACUGGAGAAAGAGAGCAUUCAGCACAGCAUUAGCAAUGAAGCAAAGGCCCAAGCCCUUCAGGCCCAGCAAAGAGAGCAGGAGCUGACACAGAAGAUGCAGCAAAUGGAGGCCCAGCAUGAGAAAACUGUAAAUGAACUGGACUCAUUGCUGACCUCCCAGAAUACAUUCAUAGCAAAAUUAAAGGAAGAAUGUUUUUUGUUGGCAAGAAAGUUGGAACAAAUAUCAGAAAAAUACAGAUCUGAAGUCAACCAGCUUAGUCAGGAAAAAGAGUAUCUUCAUGGCAGAUUGGAGAAGAUGCAAAAACGGAAUGAUGAAUUGGACCAACAAUGUAUCCAGCAUGGGAGAAUGCAUGAGAGGAUGAAGUCGAGGUUGCACCAGCUUGACAAGCACUGUCAGGCCACUGCCCAGCAGUUAGUGGAGCUACUCAACAAACAGAAUCAGCUCUUCAAAGAGAAGCAGCUGCUAACAGAAGAGGUGCAGUUUCUGCGAAUCCAGGAAAAGAAAUGGGAUGCAGAUCUCAAACAGGACACAGAUGGAAUCAAGUAAAAACCUGGAUGGAUAAAGAGAAAUGAGCAUAAAACUCACCCACAGGCUGAAGUGACACAAAUGAGGGAUGCAAGCAGCUCCAUACAGACUACUUACUUACACUCCCAUCUCUUCGGUCUUUCAGUUCUCCUCUGCACCCGUCUGAAACUUGGGCUUGUUUGAAGCUCACACAGAAAAACGUUUGCAGAAAACAGACACGCUGGCUAAUUUCAACUGGUUUAUAUUUGUUUUCAACUACAGAAUCAUAAAUAUUUUGAAACAUUACUCACCUACCAAACUUUCUAGGAAGACAGCUGAGACUUUUCUAAGAAAAGGCUAAGCUUGCAAUCCAGUUUUAACAGCUGUUAUGAAGCAUCAACUUAAUUCAUAAUUUGUACAAUUUUUUAUAAAAUGUUUUUAUCUAUUUUUGUAAUUUAACAUAGAUGUCUUAUUUACAGAUGGCAAUACCAAUAAACUUAAUUUGAUUCAUUAUUUUUCCUGGUUGUGUCCUUUUGCAUUCAAGGGAAAAUGUGUGUUUGGGGAGGAGGAGAGUGUUCAAAAGUCUAACAAAAAUCACAGUGUGCUUGAGAUUGUAACUCAUGACCGGAACCUACCUGGGAACUUCAGUUGUACAAGCUAUUUGCCACCUUUAUACAAAGGUCAGAGUCCUAACAACCAUUAAUCCAUCAGAAGGGCAUCAGAAUGAUUGAGGAAUAUUCCCUGUAACGUGGAGUAAUUUCCACAGGGCAGGUUUCCCAUCAAAACAGUUACUGGCUAAUGCCUUUGAGACAAAGGGACCCUUUGUUAGCAAAGGCUAAUACGUACGUGAGGUGCCUGGCUCUCAACACUGAAGUGAUUCUAGACUUUCCCCCUGGAAGAUACUUUGCUAUCUUGGGGAUGGGCAUCAGCUGAACUCUGCUUCAAAUUACUGAACUCAAAACAUUUGGAGGCUACAUUUGGAGGACUUCUUUCCGUUUAACUUCAUAUUUGUAAAGGUUACUUUCCAAAUACCAGGCUGUUUCAGAAAGAAUUCAUCUGAAUCUUUUUGCUGAACUAGUGCAUAAUAAACAAUGUAAGCAAAGGUUUCUACAUUCAGUGUAGUUGCUGAAUUGCACUGGUAAAGAGGAAAAAAAAAAGUGCAAAGAACAGUUCCCAGUCAAUAAGGCUACUUCAGCCAGCAUGAACACAUAAAAUGUAACAGAAGUAGGAGUAACAACACAUGCAAUAAGUUACCAUUUGCUGUGGGACACAAUCUUUCAUUCGUUGUAUUUUAAGAAUUACUAGUGGUACAGCCUUAACAUCAAAGUGUUUUUUCUUCCCAUUUCAAUUUCCUGCCAUAUGAAACUGCCAAACACAUCUGAACUCCUCCCUAA